GCCGGAGACCCUCAGCCAGCUCUUUACGACCCCAGACCACUAAUUGCAUCUUUUCACGAUUCGUUUUUCUCCUUCUCCUCCAUUAUAUCCGAUAAUCUUGCCUCCAGUGCUUGUUGCCCAUCAUGUCUGGCUACGAUCGAGCUCUUUCAGUAUUCAGCCCCGACGGGCACGUCUUCCAGGUGGAAUAUGCCAUGGAAGCUGUUAAGAGAGGUACCUGCGCCGUCGGCGUAAAAGGCAAGGACGUGGUUGUGCUCGGCUGCGAGAAGCGGUCGGCUCUCAAGCUCCAAGACACGCGGAUCACCCCAUCGAAGAUCGCUAUGGUCGAUAACCACGCCGUGCUGGCGUUCGCCGGCCUGAACGCCGACGCCCGGAUUCUGAUCGACAAGGCCCGUCUGGAGGCCCAAUCGCACCGCUUGACCGUCGAGGACCCCGUCACCAUCGAAUACAUCACCAAGUACAUCGCCGGGGUGCAGCAGCGGUACACGCAGAGUGGAGGUGUGCGGCCCUUCGGCAUCAGUACGUUGGUGGUGGGCUUCGAUCCCAACGACCGCACGCCGCGGCUGUACCAGACGGAGCCGUCGGGAAUCUAUUCGGCCUGGAAAGCCAACGCCAUCGGCCGCUCCAGCAAGACCGUCCGCGAGUUCCUCGAACGCAACCACCAGGAUGACAUGGACCGCGAACAGACCAUCCAGCUCACCAUCAAGUCCCUGCUGGAGGUGGUGCAGACGGGCGCCAAGAACAUCGAGGUCGCCAUCAUGGCGCCCGGCCAGGCGAUCGAGAUGCUGCCGGACGACCAGAUCGAGGCGUACGUCAAGAGCAUAGAGACGGAGAAGCAGGAGGAGGCCGCCAAGAAGAAGACGGCCCGCGGCGGGACUACGACGGCGGCGAUCCUCACUCGCCCUGGCGGUGGUGAGACCGGCGAGUCGUCUUGAUUUGGGAGAAAUCUAGAUGAGAGAAGAAUGAAAGACAAUAACAAUAGUGGUUUUACUUUAUCCCCUCAGCGCUGUGCUAUGUUCGAACCAAUGAAAUACUGUGUCA